ACAUAUGUGUGUAUGAUGGGCCAAGCCCAUUUAUUAUGCAAAACGAAAAAAAUAUUCAACCAACAAAACCGAGCCAUCAGAAGAGACUAAAAAAAUCUUCUUCCAAGUUCCAACGAUGGCGUCUUCCCCCUUUCCGUAUCCCCUUACCGUUAAGAACCACCGGCACCGCAGCCCUCCGCCGCCGAAACACUACUGCUCAGCCACCACAACAAACCACUUGAUACGUUUCUGCUCACCUUCCUCCGUCUCCAUCAAUCUCCACCGUUCGUUUCCCUUCUUCAAACGCAAUUCUCGCUUCGACCGUUGCUGCGCUACCAGUUCUCCGUCGGAACCGCCGUCAGAGGAUCAGCUGCCUCCAUCUUCAGGUGUAUCACCAAAGGAUACUCUGCAGAUCUUCUUUGCUGUGCUAUUCUGGAUGUCCCUUUUCUUCUGGUCUUGCGCAUGGGAUCGGGGAAAUAGUGGCAGAUCAGACAAGGGCCCUCGAUUUAGGAAAUAACUCCAUUAGGUUAUGUGUUGUGCAUAUACUUAUACAAGUUAGGAUAGAAUGGAGAUAUUGAGUUGUAUGAGCAAUCAGAUUUGAAGUUAGGAUAUAAUAAUAUUGUAUAUUACAAACCUGAGGUUGUAGAUCUACCAUGAUAUAUUCUUUUCUCCUUUGCUUGAACUUCAAUCCUCAAGACCACUUUUGUCUGGCACGACCAUUAUAUGCAUAUUUAUAAAAUGAUAGCAGCAAGUAUUGAAUCA